AGGAUAUACUGUAUGACAUAUCCAGGUGCUACCACAAGUAAUCGGAAGCAGAGCCUUUAGUACGUGCAAUUAAUAUGUGCUGCUGUGUUCAUGUUGAUCAGUCCACCGUGGCCAUCAGAGAACAGUUUUGGAUCUUUGAUAGUGUGCUUGAGCGGAUACUACACUGCUGUCUUGGAUGGCUGGGAAACGUAUAGUUGGCCAUCUCACGCUCAGAAAUUUAGGAGCACAGAAGAAUUCAAUAAGAUGACGCAAAUGUUCCUCAUGAUGGAAAAAAUUGAUCGGCCUUCGCCCAGUUUCAGCAUCGGACAUGUAACAGAGAGCAUUCUAGUGACAGUUGUGUGCAGCUCAAUGGAGAAACUCGCCAGAGAAGCUUUUGUCGGCGUGCUUGCCGACCCGAAAGUGCCAACGGCUUACACACCUUGCAACAGAGAAGCUCAUUGGCGCGCUAGUCAACGGCGAGAGCCAGUGGCGACAAGCAGCGUGGGGAGGCGGAGACUCGACAGAAACUCGGGGCACUCGGAGCAGCAUGGGGAGGCGGUGACUCGACAGGAACUCAGGGUGGGCGGAGCAACGCGGGGUGGCAACAACUCGACAUGAGCUCGGGAGGAGCGCCAGUGACUUGCAUGCCUUGCAACAACUUGCAUCUCGCCAAGGAAGCUCGUCGGCGUGCUAGCCGAUGGCGGGAGUCGGAGCAGCGGGGAGACGGUAACUCGAUGGGAGCUCGCAGUCGAAACAGUGCGGGGAGGCGGCUACUCGAUGGAAGCUCAGGAAGACCACCAAAGGUGACUUCUCUUAAGGAUCCAGAUCCUGCAACAGACCCAUUGUUGCGAUGAGAGAGAUUGCAAGAACGAGCCAAUAGCAAAAACUAGUGGAGGUGGACAUGGGCACGUGGCAUGCAGAGAAGGCGUCGGAUGUGGAUCUGCGGUCCCCAUGAUGAUUUAAAGCAUUUUUGUUUUUUUAUUUCACCUUUUUCUAUUUCUCUGGGUUUUAUUGUGAAAUUAACUAAUAAGUUUAGAGAUGGAUGAAACUUUUGA